UUAAUAUGUUUUUAAUUAACAAAAACAUGAUCUUAUCAAAUCAGGCCAUUAACUUGGCCUAAUCAAUCAAAUGCGCGUGUGGCAGACGAGUGGCAUCCGUUCAGUUAGUCCAUGCAACAUGCAACAACCGGGCACACGUCGAGGCGAUGGCUUCGUCUAUUGCUACGACAGCCUGUACAGGCUGCUCUUCUACCUGGGCAUCCUCACGUUCCGGCUGCACAACCAGAGCGAGGGCGGACCGAGGUCGACGCGGCUGCGCGUUCUCUAUGCACUGGCGGCACGCGCCGCCAUACUGCUGGGAUUUGUGGGCGGGGUUUACGUCAAGCUGACCGAUCCCCAGAUGUCGCAGGCCAUGUUCAGCCAGCUCUCGCCGCUGUUCAAGAUCAUCUUCUUCUGGGAGUGCAUCUUAUGCAUCCUUACCUACGUGGAGCACUGCUUGUGCAUGGAUGCGUAUUGCUCGAAACACAUUGGUCUGCUGGCCAGCAUGCAGCUGCUGGAUACUGAUAUCUCAGCCGAGUUCCCGCAUGUCCAGUGGCGCUAUAAUCGCACCCGCUCCAAGUACUGGUACGGCUCGUCUCUGGUCUUCUGCCUGUAUGUGGCGAUAUCCUUGGCGCUGAUGUUCGACACGACGCAGUGCAGCUGCGGUUACGUGUCCACCAUACUCAUCGCUAGCACCUACUCCAUGCUGACCUCCAUGCUGGGCACGAUGGGCUUUAUACACAUCGCCCUCAUGGACUACCUGCGCAUACGCUUUCGCCUCAUCAUGAAGCUGGUGGAGCAGCAGUACGCGAAGGCAGACACCUCACCCAAGGCCAAUGAGGAGCAGCUGCAGCACAUGGAUCAUUUGUUUGAGUUCACCAAGCGCUGCUCCCGUCUGCUGGACGUGAUGAACGACGUGUGCGGCUUUAUCAGCGGUGCCGGCAUCUUCUACGACUUCACGCACAUGACCUGCUUUGUGUAUAUGCUCUGCCACAAGCUGCUCCACCGAGAGUCAUGGGACACCCAGUACACAUUCGUAUCGCUGCAUCUGGUGGUUCACAUCUACAAACUGCUCAUGACCAGCGUCUACGGCUACCUGCUGCAGCGAGAGAAACGCAACUGCCUCCAGCUGCUCAGCAACUAUGCCCAUCACUUUGGCAAUCAGGCAACGCUUAAAAAUGCAGUUGAAUCCUUCCAGCUCUGGCGUAUGCACAACAACGAUUCGGCUCACAUUGGCUACAGCUUCCCUUGCAACAUAUCGCUAAACUAUUUGGUUUUCAACGCUUUGGCCAACUAUGUUAUUGUUCUAGUGCAAUUGCUCUUUCAGCUUCAGCUUAAGGAUAAACAAGGUCAGCCGAUUCGCAUACCCAAGGACAGCAUACGCAUCUUAGCAAUGCAAUAUAAUUUUGUUUUUAAUUCAACAAUUCACUAGUCUUGCUAUUGCAAAAGAAUUAAUUUAAUAUAUACAUUCGAAACAUUGCCGUUAGUGCAUUUAACUCAUGUUCUAAAUGCAGUAUGACAAAGCUUUCGCAUGCGCGCAAAUGCACUAAAUUUAAACUAAAAACCGAAAAAUACCUAAAGUGAAUAAGCUCUUUCAGUUUAUGUGUGCAUAUAAUUAGUAUAUGCAUACCAAAAUACUAAAAGUGUACAUAUGUAUAUGCUGCUUUAGUCUCUUUUUGCAUUCACUUAAUACCUACAUAUAUGAGUUUUUUUUUGCAUGCAACUAGGUAUACCAUAUAAAUAUACUAAAAUAU